AUGGCCCCGCCGCGCGCCGCGCUGCUGCUGCCGGCCCUGGCCGCCCUGCUGGCCGUCCCCAUGGCCGCCCGCGCCCCGCCUCGCAGCGUCGCCGUGGUGGGCGCCGGGCUGGGCGGCUCGGCCGUCGCCUACUUCUUGCAGCAGCACUUCGGGCCGCAGGUGCAGCUGGACGUGUACGAGCAGGGCGGCGUGGGCGGCCGGCUGGCCACAGUCACCGUCAACAAGCAGCAGUACGAGAGCCGGGCCGCGUCCAUCCACGCGCUCAGCCUGCACGUGCAGGACUUCGUCAAGACGCUGGGGCUCAGGCAGCGCCGCGAGGUGCCGGGGAAGAGCGCCGUGUUCAGCGGGGAGCACUUUGUGCUGGAGGAGACCGACUGGUACCUGCUGAACCUCUUCCGGCUCUGGUGGCACUACGGGAUCAGCUUCCUGCGCCUGCAGAUGUGGGUGGAGGAGGUGAUGGAGAAGUUCAUGAGGAUCUACAAGUACCAGGCGCACGGCUACGCCUUCUCCAGCCUGGAGGAGCUGCUGCGCUCACUGGGGGGUGAGGCCUUCGUCAACAUGACGCAGCGCUCGGUGGCCGAGGCUCUGCUGGAGGUGGGCGUCACGCAGCGCUUCGUGGAUGACGUCAUUGCAGCCGUGCUGCGCUCCAGCUAUGGCCAGUCGGUGCUGGUGCCCGCCUUCGCGGGAGCCAUGUCCCUGGCGGGGGCCCAGGGCAGCACGUGGGCGGUGGAAGGAGGCAACAAAUUGGUGUGCUCGGGCCUGCUGAAGCUGACCAAAGCCAACGUCAUCCACGGCAGGGUGACGGGUGUCUCUCUGCACAGCUUGGAGGGGAGAGCCCUGUACCAGGUGCACUACACGAGCAGCGAAGGCCAGGGCUCGGCAUUCUACGACAUGGUGGUGGUGAGCACUGCCCUACACCCCAGCAGGAGCAACUUCAGCUUCCAGAACUUUGAGCCGCCCAUUGACAACUUCCCUGGCACCUUCCAGCCCUCCGUCACCUCCGUGGUGCACGGCUACCUCAACUCCUCCUACUUUGGCUUCCCUGACCCCAAGCUCUUCCCCUUCGCCAGCAUCCUCACCACCGACACUCCCACCCUCUUCUUCAACGCCAUGGACAACAUCUGUCCUGUCAACGUCUCAGCAGCGUUCCGUCGCAAGCAGCCCCAGGAGGCGGCGGUGUGGAGGGUCCUUUCUGAGCAGCCGCUGGACAAGCAGCAGCUGAAGACCCUCUUCAGGUCCUACUACUCGGUGCAGGUGACGGAGUGGCAGUCACACCCCCGCUACGACUCGGCCAAGUCGCUGCCGCCCAUCGUGCUCCAUGAAAACCUCUUCUACCUCAGCGGCGUGGAGUGGGUGGCCAGCUCCAUGGAGAUGAUUGCCGUGGCGGCCAAAAAUGUGGCCCUCCUAGCAUACAACCGCUGGUACCAGGACCUGGAGAAGAUAGACCAGAAGGACUUGAUGCACAAGGUGAAGACUGAGCUGUGACGCAUUGGGUGGUGGUGGGCCCGGAGCUGCAGUCUGCAGUGGGCAGGGGUGUAUUUAUUGCCUUGGGAUCACCAUGGGGCUUGGGGCAGGGGGCGAGGGACAGGCUGUGUCCAGAUGACUUGAACAUGUUUUUCCUUCAGGAAUACAGCCCCUGUUGCUUGUC